GAGCGCCCUCGUCGGGUUCGACGAGGGCCCAACCGGUGGUAUUCUGAGAGCGUGUCACCUACUGUUCGAAUGUGGUUCUCCAACACGCGGGAGAUGGCCAUCGCAUGUUCAGUGUUCUCCUUGGCUAUGACAGUCAGAUUGCUGAUCUGAAACCUGUCAUUGUUGGUUAGAUCUUCCAAGGAAUUCUUGUAGUCCUCGGCAACUUCGUCGGAGGCCAACCCGGAUGACAUGGUGGGCAGAUACAAAGGCUGAUGAGGCUGAUGAAGGCGGAACAGGGGGCAAGUGAGAAUAGGAAAAGGGUAUCGACAAAGAAGAAAGAAAUGAACAAUGGACAAGCGCUAAAGAAGGGCGUAACACUCGGAAAGAAUAUUUAUGUUCCUUGUGUUUGUUCUUUCUCCUCUGAAUCCUCCUCUUUAUAUAAAUUAUUUGUUUUUUCACUGUAUUUUCCAGUUCCUUUUCUCUUCCUUGGACUUUGUUAUCUUCUUGUUGUUUUCUUGCCUUUUUUUUUUCUUGACUUUCUUCCCUGUUCUCCUUUCUUGUUAGGAAAUUGUCCUUCUUAUUGCUUUGGUUUCUCUCUUCUUUUCUCCUCUGAAUUUUUUUUCCCCGGCUUUGUCCCUUUUACCACCGUAUAUAAAGAUUCCUAUAUCCGCGUGCUUUGUUUCUCUCCAAAUAAACGUAUCUCCUGGGUGCAAGAGAUGGAAAGAGCUGUCGGAACUUGUAGAAUGCUUGCUAGCUAUCUUGGUCAGACUUGAGACAACAACAGGAGGCCGCAAGCGCAAAUCCUCCACCAGAACCCGAAAGUCAACAAAGAACCCGCGCUACAACACCCCGUCAACCCAGUGUUAAUCAAUCUAUCUCAUACAAUCCCCCGUACUGAUUGACCCUUCCAGUAGACAAUAACUAGUAGAG